UUCACACUUUUAGAGUGGGAUUCCACUCCAAAGAAUUUAGAAUAGGCAUCUUGAAUAAUUUCAGAAUGUAGAACUCGAGGUUCGCGCGUCUCUGAAGUAAAGGUGCCUCUGUAAAGACACCACUUCUCGUUUCUUGGAAACGCCACGCGUCGUUACAAUUUCUUUUUUUCAAGAGACGUAAAUCGCAUUUCGAGGGUUCGACAAUCCUUAUAAAAAAAAAAGAAAUGCCCCAAUAUCGUCAAUCGAACAAUCACGCUUAAAUAUGUCCUCGCAACCAUCGAGAGGGCGCGUCAUCGACAGAGAGAAGGAGGAAGAGAGAGCACAAUCACGACAAUCGAUCCGCCGAAUUUCAAUAAAGGGCACCGGGUCUUCGCUGGGCGAAGGGACGACUGUGCGGCGUGGGCGGCCCUGUGACCUUGAACAGGACGUGCCUGUGUGGUGCGCACGCGCGCUCGCCCGCAGGGUUCGAUCAUCCUUCGUCGCCGGGGGCCCUUCGCCACACCGGCUGGCUCGGAAAGUCGCUUUUCACUUUCACGUCCCUUUCCCUGUCCCUUCGUCCGCCCGUCUGCGCUCCGAUGCCGCGCAGCGCGCUUCUACGAUAAGAGCGAGUGCCAGGUCCGCUCGUAAAAGGAUCUCGUGGCAGGUCGAGGGGAAGCGCAAUCGAGAUUCUCGGCUUGAAAAAAAAACAAGACAAAAUAAUGCACGCUCUUCUCGCGCAAAUGAUCGCGUACGGAAGGUAUCAAACGUUAACACUCGAUCGAGUAUGCAGGUCUGAUCAAAGGGCCUGCUCGUGUUUCCCUUUCUUUGAGGGCAUCCUCGAAAUUCGGGUUUAAAUUGCCUCGUUAGCCGGUCCUCGCUUUCUUCCGUCCAGCUGCCCGGAAAAUCAAAGCUCUCGGAUCACUCGAAAAUUCAUUGGGUAUUUGCUUAUCAAUGUAACACAACACUAGCUUUAUCCAUUUAUUUUUAUAUUUUAUUUACUCACACAGUACAUUAUGAUUUUAUUAUACGUGUUACGCAAUAAUAAUAACGAAAUGCUGAAUGCAAUACUGAUGAAUACCGAUGAAAAAUACUUCGGAAAAUAAUUUGAAACGCGGAUGUGAAGAAUAAAUAUAAUAUAUUUUGUAUCGUAUUUGCUUUGGUUAAAGCGAUAAAUUUUUUUUAUCUACGGUAAGAAUUAAUGAAGAAAUAUCAUUUAAAAAUAGAGUACCCUUAAGUAGAAUUAUACAUAAUUAACUAAAAGCGUCGAUGAAGCUCUUUGUGCCCUUUGAGCAAAGAAAGGAUUAAAGAGGGAUGGAAUAAUAUAAAGGAGAAAACCAUCCCUAAGCUUCCUUAUUUUUUUUAAAUAUGAUUAAAGCACGAUUCUUUUAUUAAUCGUUAAAAAUUCGGGGUAGCUUUGAUCUUGAUUGCGUUAAUUGGUUGCCAAGCGGAUUUUUAAUGUACUGUUGUUGUUCUUUGCUGAAUGAUACGUAAAGCUCAUCUUUACGUAGGUUGUUCGAUAAAUUUCGAGCCUGAACAUGAAGAUGACAUUACUGGUUGAAGACCGGUUGCAAGCUGCAUCUUUUUAAUGGCUGCUUUCGAAUUUUUAGCCGUGCUUAGUUUUCAAAAUAAAAAUUUUGACAAUCAUUUGUAGUACGCGUGUCAAUAUAUUUUUCAAUCGUGAAAAAAUCGAGUAGCGUUCCAAUAUUUAAUUUAAAUACUUGAAUCUAAAGUGGGAAAACCCUAACGGAAAUGAAAACCGAGUUGGAUUCUGUCUGUUUACCCGAGGUGAUUCUGCUCCUUCGUGUUGAACAGUUAAAGUUUGGGCUGCCGAGUUGGCGUGGCCGUACAAGUCUGUUUGAUGAUGAGCAUCCGGGUCGCCCAAAGACUUCAACGAUUGAGGAAAUGGUCGACAAAGUGCAUCAAAUCGUAUUGCAUGAUCGGAGACUGAAGGUAUUAGAUCAGAGAGACAAUAGAUGCCGCAGGCUUAUUGUCUGAACGUCUGUUCAAAAUAUAUUACAUGAAGAAUGAGAAAACUGACCACACGGAUGCCGCGUUUACUAACAUUGGACCAAAAACUCAUUCGAUACAACAUAACCAAACUGUAUUACGCUAUGAAUUGGUUCCCCCCCCCCCUUUCUGCCCGUAUUCUGAACUAGCCCCCUGUGAUUUUUCUUUGUUCCCGAACCUAGAAAAAAAUGGCUAAGAGGAAAAAAAUUCGCGAUCAAUGAUGAUGUGAUUGCCGCCGUAAACGAGUAUUUUACAGGAUUUGACCAAACCUAUUUUACUGACGGAAUGAACACGUUAGAAAAUAGAUGAAUCAAGCUUAAAGAAGACCAUAUUGAAAAAUAAAAAUCAAUUUUGCCCAAAAAUAUAAGUUUUCCAUUGUUAGACUUAUUACAUAACCCACGUAAAAAUAUUAUAAAAAUUCAUAUUUUUGUUUCAAUGAUGAUGGAAUUUUGUCUGACACGAAUGAAUUUCAUAGAAAAGGAUCGAACACUUUGGACGUAGAGUAUCGAGCUGAUUCUAUUGAUAUACGUAACAAAGUUAACGUUAUAGUUUACUCGUUACACACAAUCGCGUCGUAUUGUCUGUUUAAUAGUAAUCUUUGUAUGCGCGAUGAUAGACGAGUGUUCGGUCCUUUAUCGCAGCUGGUCUUAGAUAAGAGUGAGCCUCAAGUUUGCAGACUGAUUGCGAUUCAAUGGUAAUUCUUCGUUAAUCGCUCGGAUCGUAUUAUACAUUAGGCAAUCGAUCGAGGAAGUGUCAAUGUCCACCACAGAUAAAGACGGACAAUGCUAUUUUUUUUUCCAAGUGCACUCUCGCAAUUUUUGACAAAUUACAUCAUUCCUCUUUACUAUUUACAUUCUGAUAAUAAAUGUUGAAAAACAAUUCUACAAUUUUUCUCAUAUUACCGUCAUGUAAAAUCAUAUCACACUGCAAUUUCUGUGAAACGCGAUAUUAUAAACGCUGUAAUUUUAUAGAGAAUGCCUUUGGUCGACGGCGACAAAAGUUUUAAUUAAUUUGAUUCAAUUUUCAAUAUAUUGCUUUUUAUAACAUCGAGAUACGCUUGAAAAAGAUACCUUUUUUUUUGCAUAGUGGAUAUGUACGUCUCGUUUUAUAAAUUUUGAAGCAAAAUUUGUCGGCCUUUGUUUCUGGGAUUUAUUUGUUUAAUGACGCGUGGGUUUGAUUGAACAUUAUCAACCUCUGCCAGCCAUGCGUGCCACGUUAACUAUAAAAUUCAUGUCAACGCUCGCUCUCGUUGCCCGAUCAAUAUCCGUUGCGAAGCGGUUUUCUCGCGUGCGCCUGCCGCCGUUUCGUUAAACAAAUAAUUUGCGAAAAAAUCGAGCUACAGGGAAAAGCUCGCAUGGAAACGAACAACGAAUCGAAUUUUCAUUGUCGAAGCUGUCGCGCGUGAAGUCAUCACGAAGAAUUGAUUAACCUCAUCGUCACAUGAUAAGCGGAAAAAUUGAUUGCAAUUUCGAAAAUGGAUACUACAGCCCCGUGGAAAAAUUGACAGGAAGACGGAUGAUAUGAUGAAUUCCAAACUAGAUUUCAUCCUUCUAAUCGCGUUAUAUCAUUCGAAAUGAGAUCUCAUUUGCGAUCGAAUCUGCGCACAAGGAAGUAGCCGCUAUAUCCCAGGAAUAUUGAAACAACGCUAAUCUUCUUUUUACAAGAAGCUCUCGUCUGGAAAAUAUAGUCAUCGUUCCUGAAGACCCGAGUACAAAGACAGAGUAAUCGAAGCUCAUUCCUCGAGACGGCUUAUUCUUCUCACUGAAAUUCUGGCCGAGUUUGCGUGCGGCAAGCUAAACCUCGAAAUUGCUCCAGUUUUUCCAAGACGACGUCGUCUUUGGCUCUGAUUCUCCUAGAGGAACUGGCUGCAGAGACAAAGACCUCCGGAGCACGUCAGCAAAUCCACGACUGAGUUCCCCUUAAAGCACGACCGUGCAUGCAUCUCAAGCACAACGUGCUCGCACAGUCAAGCAUCUUAUUUUCAACAUUCCAGAAACGAUUCCACCGACUUCUUACUCCGACUCAAUCGGACACGAUCAUCGAGCAGCGAAGAGUUUUUGGUGCUCCAUCCGAAGCCGUCCCGAAAUCGUUUCGCCAGAGGCGAUCGAUGAGGAAUUCCUAAUGUCUUAGGGGGAAAAAAAAAAAACUGUACCGCCUGAAAUUCACGAGAUUAUCUCUUCGUUUACCAUAUUUUUUCUGAAUCCUUAAUCUAUCGAUUUGUCAUCUCUGAAUUAUUUAAUCUGGAUGAUCGCUGAGCAAAGAGUCGAAUUGCAAGCUGAACCAAAUGUGGCUCUCUGUCGGCCACGUAAUUCUCAUCGUCACAGAGGUCAACCCGCUGAUUCCUAACACCAAGCUCAUGAAAUCGCGACGAUUCGAUGCCGCUCUUUUUCUGGGAGGUCUUCGGAAUUGUAACACAUGGGACUUCGAAGCGAGACUCGAUGAGUGAUUCCCGAGGAGUGCGUGUCCUCGUUCGUCCAGUUCGGUCGAUUCUCUCGUCGCCUAGGAAUGUUCGGCAGGAAAUUUCCAUUCCGUCGCGGGUUCGAUCGGACCGAAACGAACGGCUCGGGGCCCCGGUGUCGUUCCGGCACGAGUCUGCUCGGCGUAAAGGCCACGGGAAGAACCGACAAGUGUCGGAGAUGGCCGAGGCGCCGUUGCGCCGAACCACGAGCUACCCUCGGCAGCAGCUCGCGGCUGGCUAUGGCUAUUGACCGAGCUUGGCGGACCGGCCGGUCAGCUGUGCACCUCGCCGGCGGUGUGGUAUUCUCCUCCGCGGCCAGGAAGAAGCCGUCCACGUAGACGAGGCGGUGUGUCGUUCGGGCCGGCGAAGAUCAGCCGGCGCUGCGGCGCGAGUCAGCGACAAGGUCCCGGAACACACGAGCGAACGUCCGUCCAGUCGGGUCAGAGGAGAGCCAGCGGGAUCUCCCUCAGGAGAGGAGUCCAGCGGCGACGGUGGUGCUUGAAAAGAACGUUCGGUUACCGGGCGUAGGAGACGAUCGCACGGAGAGGCGGAGAGACGCGCGUUCGUACAUAUGUCCGCGAGUGGAAUCGAGAAGAGAGCAAGACUGACUGGUUCGGUCUCGUCGUCAUCAUCGUCGUCGUCUGAUCGGUCCGGGUGAAAGCCCAAAACGUGCGAAUCGCUCGCUACACGCGCUGCGGCAAGUAAAAACAGAGUAGGAGAGUGAACCAGACGGAGCGGGAGUUAAAGAGGGCUAGAGAGUGAGAAAGAGAGAACGGGAUACAUAUAUAAUAUAUACACUGAGAGGAGAAAAGAGACAAAGAGAGAGUGAGAGCGAGGGAGGGAGGAGGGACUUGGCUCACGGGCAACACUCGACAUGUAGAGACCGACCGGCUGUGCACGGCAAACGCGGAGACGAUCGCGCGAGAGAGGAGCCAAAAGAGAGAGAGAGAGAGAGAGCGCGAGAGAACGGCAACGAGCGGUCUCGAGAGGGACGGCGAAGAGGUUGGUGGGAGGAGACGGGAGGGAGAGACAGAGGCAGAGAGAUAGAUCGACCGAGUGUAGGAGAGACACAGAGCGAAUGAAACAGAGCGAGAGAUAAAGAGAGAGGAAGGAAGAGAGAGAGACAGAGAAAGAGGAUAGGCAAAUAGAUAGGUGUCGUAUACGUAUGCGUUACGAGUGACGAGUGUGCCGCCACGGUGUGUGCGAGUGUGUACGCGUGUUGCACGCAGACCGCCGGCACAAAAAGUGCAGGGCCCAGUGGACUUUUCCAUACCAGAGGAGGACUGCGUAUAUAUACGUACGUGCAUUGUGCGUGCAUGCGUGCCGUCCGCGCGCGUGUUCGCACUCGCGUGUGUGUGCGCGUGUGUGUCUGUAUCUGUACGUGUAUGCGCGAGAGUGCGCGCGCCGCCUUCGCAAUCGCGGACGGACACGCCGGCGAGUUUUCGGCCGAGUACCUGUGAACGAGGACGAACGGGGACCGACCGAUCGACCGACCAACCGAUCGACCGACUCUGCUCUCUUCUCGUGGUCUACCCUCAGCGGUGACCUCCGCUAAGAGAGAAGAAACGGGCGAAAGCGGGUAGAGCUGCUCCGAAGGGUAAGCCGAUUCGGUUUCGUAGAGUGCGCGCGUCAGAGUGCGAGAAGAAGAGAGGGAGAGAAAAAGAGAGAGAGAGAGAAAGAGAAGGUUGGAUCACCCUGGGAGGGAGGAAGCAGGAGGUUGGACGUUGCGGCGCCGAGAGGAUACCUUACGUGGACGGUUUUACCGAGUGGAAGCGACCGCGAAUCGUCGACAGAGAGAAGAGGAGGUAAUAGGAUCGUCCGCUACUGAGGUCUACCUUGCCGGCCGAGAAAGAGAAGGAGAGAGAGAGAGAGAGAUAGAGAGAGGGAAAGAGGGAGGGAGGGAGAAAGAGCAAACCUGGUACACACAAACUCCGCGUUCCGAGUCUGACUCCUCCGCCACCGCUAACUCGCAGUCGGUAAAGCAUCGAGACAACGGUAGCGGUGAUCCGGCGAGGCACGGCCGUCCGAGAACGAGCGGCUGGCAGUCGCGGCCUUCUGGUGGACGUGAUAAGGACGAGCGGCGCGAUUCGUUCCGGCGAGGAGUGAAGCGGUCGGCCGUGCAAGAAAGAGUUACACAGAGAGAAACGACAGGAAGAAAGAAAGUGAGGAACCGAUUAGCGAUAAUUCGGUGAAAAGGAUACGGCUCCUCGGAUCGGAGAAUUUGGUGUGUUGCGUUUAGUGCUACGUAUACUCCAAUCGUGUUCGGAGAAGAGCGAAGGAACCCGAGGAGGAGAUCGAGGAAGCGAGAUACCGAAGAAAACGAAAUCUCCGCGGAGGAGAAAGCAACAACGACGAGAGAAGAUACGAGUCCUUGAUCGACAAUCCGGUACUACUACGUGGGCUUAAUCAGUGGUCGGAGACGGUGCGGGGAAGGCAAGAGAUAGCCAAAAGGAAGAAAGGAAGUAACGGAGUGUCCUUGAUGGGCCAUCCGGCGCUACGUGAUCGAGCUGUGUCGCGACCGACAUUGGCUCAGCUCCGUCCCAUCGGGGGAGAUUAGAGGCGACCCACGUUUUACUCGCUUCGUUCGGCAGACAACGAACGCCGGCGAGGCGACGAGAGGAGCGCAGCGAGAGAGGAGAAGAGAAGAGAAGAGAAGAGAGGAGAGAAGAGGAUCUACUUGCUGAUCAGCGCGAACCCCGGGCGAUAAGCGACUCCCGUCUCGAGUUGACGAGCCGCUGACUCGGCGCGGACACGGGAGCCGGUUGUUUCAACGCUAUUAGUGCCCACGAUGACUCCAAUUAUCCGCGAGUAACUUCCACGUUCGUGCGACGGUCUGUCUGCCGCCCAACCCUAUCGUUACGCGAUCACCCGGUGGUACGCUCCGUGCCCGCCGAUUUCUUUAACGGGGAGAAACGGGGGAAGAACUGUCCCCGCACCUCCACGUGUACAACACAUCGACAACUGCCGAUUCUGCCGGAUUCUCGCGAGUGGCCGAUAAGCGACCGGCGGCCACGGCGCGGUUUCAGAAAUCGGUCGGCGAUCCGCGCGAUCGAGCGCGCCCCGAGGGAGAGCGAUCCGCGCGCGCCGUGGAUCCACUUGGAGUGCCUCCACUUGAUCCACCAUUAUUAAUUGCUCCGAGGAUAAUCCGGCGGCGUCGUUCCAACGGAUUAAUUCGUCCGGGACGAAUUUCCAGAUUAACGGCCGGGCGAUUGGCGGCUCACUUCCUCCUCCACCGCCGCCUCCUCUUCCUCCUCCUCCACGGCUUGGCUUCAUUCCGGGAUUACUCCGGGAUCGCGUUCGAUAAGCCACGAGGAUUCCCGUACGUACGCUCGCGCGAGCGCGAGCGCGAGGCUACGCUUGAAAAUCGCUCGGUGUCGUUGCUUGACAAAACCGGUUUCGUUCGGCUCAGCGAAUCUCGGCGUUUAUACAAAGGUCGUGUGUGAGAGCGCGCCGCGUGCGCGACCACGGGAGAGUGUGUGGUAGGAGUGAGAUUUAUGGAAAACGAAUUUACACGAGGUCACACCCACGGGAGCGGCUGUCUAUCUCUCUCUCUCGCUCUCUCUCUCUCUCUUUCUCUCCCCCUCUCUCUCUCUCUUUCCGUAUCUUCGUUUCUCUUUCUCUCUCGUCCGUCUCCUGGUUGUAACUCGUUCUCUCUCUCUCUCCCUCCCUCCACCAGUUCGUCUAUCAAUUUAUCCACGCGUUCCCUCUAUUAAUAAUAACGACGAAACCGGUGCGAUAACGAAGAGAAUCACCGGUCAGACCACGUUGAAGGACCCUUGAGGGAACGAGAGAUCUCGAUCACGAGAGAACGAUGUCGCUCCGAUAUCAACCAACCGAAUAAAUACGGCACAUUCGCGGCGGCCUUGAAGAGUUUUCUUCGGGCACUGUCAGUCACCGUGCGCAGGAUCAGCGAACCCGACGUCGCCGGCGACGAGCGCAAGGGAAUUCGUAUAGGGCGGCUCAUCAUGCUAGCGACCUUGAAGAUCCAAGUGUCCCCGAUGUUCGAGAGUCGCGAUCGAUCGAGCGCGUAACUACCGGACAGCGAAUCUCGAAGACUUCGAAGAAUGUCGGGGGACCUGGGUGGCCCGCGGGAGGAGCAGGUCUCGUCACCUGGGUCGUCGGACAGCAACGCGUCAGUCGCGAGAAUAUAUAACGCGACGUCGGCGAGGAAGACCUAGCUGUCUCGCCGCGAGCACUUGCUUGAUGAUCGGCGGUCACGGCGACGAUGAAGCGUGCGACGAGCGCAUCCGUUGCGGCCGCCACGGCCGCCGCGACGCAAGUGCACCAUCAGUCCAGGAUCCAGGAGUUGUUCUCUCCCGGAUCAAUGCCGACGGCGGCGAUGACGACAACGACGACGACGAGCACGAGCGCGACGACGAUUGUCGGCUCCUGCGCGGAUGAGUUGGAUAAGCAAAUCACAACGAUAUCCUCUCGGCUCGAGCCGAAGGGCUCACCGAAGAUCAGUCCCGGAACGGGCGACGACAACAAAGCCAAGUCCACGGUGAUGUCGCGACUAUUAGCCGUCGAUUCCGACAACUACAUGCUGCGUAAGGCCGCCGCGACGGCGACGACGACGGCUACCAACGGCGCUACGGCGCCGUCGUCUACUACCUCGUCAUCCUCGUCAUCGACGUCAUCGUCGUCGUCGUUGAAUGGCUCCGCGAGCAUGCAACUGCAACGGCAGAUGCAAGGUCUCGCUAUCGGAUCGGCCACCGCACCGUCAAUCCUCGCGACGUACGGCAACAGCGGCGACCACGUCGUCAGUCAGCUGUACGACGUCGCGCGGGCGACGUCCAGAUCGAUGGCGACGUACGUGUCGCCCAGGUGGUACACCGCCAGUAAUAAUAACCAGGCGACUAGGCAGCAUCGGGACGGAACGGCGGCGGCAGCGGUAGCGGUGGCGGCGGUGGCUGCGGCCGCGCAACUCGAGGAGCAAUCCUUGCAGCAGUUGCAGCUGCAAUCGCGUACGGCGACGUCGACGCGCGACGACGCGACGACGCCCGCGGUGUCGACAGCGGCGGACGGUGUCGAGAGCGAGCUCGGUUUCACGAGGCUGGUGUGCGCGAGACCGGUGUCCUUUCAUCGAUACAUGUGUUGGUGCAGCGCGCAACAGCAGCAGCAGCAGCAGCAGCAGCAACUGCAGCUGCAGCAGUCUGCCGUGGCGGAGGGCGUCGACGUGAACUCGAUCGGUCGCGCGAAGGGCGGCAGGGGUUUAGCCACCCACGAGGGGUUGGCAACGAGACGAAUGGUGCGCGAUGAUAAUAGUAAUAGUCUAUGUUGCUGUAUGUGCGGUUCUCUAUGUCCUGCAGAGUGCCACGCGUGCUUCCACAUCGUGUGCUCGGACUACAGCAGCCAGCACCUGUGCAAAUGGACUCACAAGGGUCACGCGCUACCGGGCCAGGUUCACGACAAGGACAAGCCUGUCAGUGAGUGGACGUCGCUCAACGUAGUUGAAUGGAUGUCAGCCCUAAAUCUGUACCACUAUGCGGACGUCUUCAAGUCGAAGGACAUCAAAGGCAGCGAUCUGCUUCAUCUGGAUCGGGAAAAGCUCAUGAAUAUGGGUAUAAAAGAUGAAUUCCAUCAGAAGAACAUUUUGGUGUGCAUCGAGGAACUCUGCAAAGCGUUGCCACCACCGCCCCCGGUGUCGCUGGAGACGAUGGGCCCAACGCUCAGUGCGACGACGUCGACACCCGGCGUCGCCGUCGAAUCGGCCUGCUCCCUCGGAGUCAACUAUCCGGGCAACAACUUGACCAAUAACGCGCACAAUCUCGUGCCGCAGAGCUUCAGCAUGUUGGAGAAAUGCGGCUUAUGCCACAAAUACCUCAGGGGCCUCUUACAUCAAGGCUUCCUCUGCCAAGAUUGCGGACUGGUCGCACACAGGACGUGUUCAGCGACGGGUUUACCUUCCAAUUGCAUAUCGGUCGACUCGGACAAUCGUAUCAGCAGGUUUACUUCAGUGUUCGGCCUCGCGCUGUGCUCGCAAUUCGACACCGCCAGCCGUACGGCGCCGAUCCUGGUGGAGCGAUGUACCCGCGCCCUCGAGGAGCAGGCGUUCGCCGACACGACGCUGGACCUCUACAAAGUCUACCACAGCAGCCCGCCUAAUGAGCAGACCCUCAAGCUGCGACAGAAGCUGAACGAAGAUGUCUGCAACACGGAUUUAAGUCUGUACACUCCCCAGUGUAUUACCAGUGUUCUGAAAAAGUUCCUGCGUGAAUUGCCAGACCCAGUGAUCCCUGUGCAAUGGUACGACAGGUUUUUGGAUGCUGCGAAUACGAGAUGUAGUGACGAACAGUGCGCGACGCAGCUCAAUCAAUUAGUAGCAGAGCUACCGGAACAUCAUCGAAGCACAUUGUGCCAUUUGAUGGCGCACUUCUGUCGCAUUUGCCAGUUGCAGCAUGGAAGGGGCUACACGGAACCGCCAACCAUCCUUGUGCAAGUGCUCUGCCAUAUAUUUCUCAGACCGCCCUGGGAGCGAAUCAUCCAAGUUGUUUACAACACGGAAGCACAUAUACGCAUAACGGAAUUGCUGUUAUUGCACGGCGAUUGGAACGAGAAGCUACCGGAGUUUGCCAGUCCUCCGCAAUUGCCGCCACGUAAAGUUUCAAGACCACAGUUUCCGAUUUUGGAUCCGUAUUCGGUUCUCGAAGACGAAGCUGUAGACAGAACGGCAUCUGGCGCAGAUACUGGCAAGGACCAACAAACACACAGGCCGCGCACGCUACAGGAAGCCGAAUGGUAUUGGGGCGACAUCACGAGAGAGGAAGUGAACGAAAUGAUGAUCGACUCACCGGACGGCACCUUCCUGGUACGCAAUGCGUCUUCCAAGGGCGGCGAAUAUACUCUGACGCUGCGUAAAGGCGGGACCAACAAACUCAUCAAGAUCAGCCACCGAAACGGAAAAUACGGAUUUUCAGAUCCGUAUAACUUCCAUUCGGUUAUCGAGUUGGUCGAUUACUACAGGAAUUGCUCACUCGCACAGUAUAAUUCAGUACUGGAUAUUAAAUUACUCUAUCCAGUGUCGCGAUUUCAGCAGGAGGAUGAGAUCGCAAAUACGACUGACAUGACAAAGGUCUACCAGAAGUUUGUUGAGUUGGACAAAGAAGUAAACGAUAUGGUCCGUCAGUAUCAAGUUUGCUCGGAUUUAUGCCUGAAAACGGCCAAUGAAGUCACGUUAAAGCGUCAAGCAUUAGAAGCCUUUACCGAGGCCAUCAAAAUGUUUGAGGAACAAAUGAAACUGCAAGAAAAAUUCCAGAAGGAGGCUCAACCCCACGAAAUUUCCACUUUGACGGACAAUUCGGAACUUCUGAAGCAAAGACUGAAGGGCUUAGAAGAUAGCAAGGAACAGCUGGAUGAGAAUUUGAAACAACGAGUUGCCUAUUGCAGGACCCUCGAGAGAGAAAUGUACAAGCUACGGUCAGAGAUCGGAUUGCUUGUCCGGCAAAAGGAGCGUCAUCAUGCAUGGUUAAAGAAGAAUGAGCUAAAACAGAACAAAGAAGAAAUGGACUUUGCAGUCCAUUCCGACGAGAAAACGUGGCUCUACUUGCAAUGUUCUCGCCCCGAUGCCGAUCAUAUUCUAAAAGGCCGGCCUGACGGUACCUUCCUCGUCCGCCGAUCGAGAACGGGCCAGUACGCACUUUCCAUAGUGUGCAACGGUACGGUACAGCAUUGCAUAAUAUACGCUACCGAACGCGGUUUCGGUUUUGCCGAGCCGUAUAACAUUCACGAGUCCCUAAGACACUUAGUGCUGCACUACGCCCACAACUCUCUGGAGGAGCAUAAUGAGUGCCUGACCACCACUCUGGCCUAUCCCGCGUUCGCACCUCCCGCGGCGCUCUCGCAACUGCAGGCCCAACAGAAGCAACUGCAGAUUCACAUUCAGAAUCAAUUGCCGUACGCGCGACCGCCCCACGAGAAUCAGCUCAUCAUGCCGCACACAUAAUAUUGGCCUGUCGAGCGUCGCGAUCAAGAUACGCUCGAGUCCGAGUACGUUCACGCACACGCGCACACCCACACGUGAGUUCUGCUGCUACAAGCAUCAUUCGCUGACGUGAUCGGCAGAUCGACUGCGUCGCGCGAGCCUUCCUUGACAAGUUCGAACACGUUCCGCUACGAGACAGAACGCUCCUUCGUUCGGAACGUUUCCUAAAAUCGCGUACAAUAAAUAAUUAUGCGUACUUCACAGUGAGAGGAAAUGACUUCAUGCGAAUUAAUAUCGUGAAAACGCGCAAUCUAGAGUAUCGGUUGCUUAAUCAUCAUCAAUAGGUAGGUCGCAAGAUCUCCAAAAACACGGAGCACUUCGACGAGACGUAUAAUAGCCAUAACGAUAAUAAUCGUAAGAGAUACUAGCGAUAGAAUUAGAUAUACACGCGUUAUCGUGAUACAAUAAUGAUCGCGCUUCAACUAAUGCUGAGGUUCCCAAAUGGCGCGUGUGCUGGACGCGACAUGCUGGAAAAAACGCGAUUUAUGCUCGGAAAAACGCAAAAAAGCAAAUGAAUGAAAAUCUUAGAGGAUCAUAAAAAAAUUGAACCACUUUUUUAUAUUAUCUGUUAUAUAAAUAAAUAUAAUAUUUAUAUAUUUUUUUAUGUAAAGAUGAUUUGAAAACGUAAAGCUCUUGAAUUUUUUGAAUCUUCUAAAUUAUUUAAAUAUUUUUGUUCGAUAAAUUGUGACAAAUCGAAAAUGUGAGUAAGCGUGGAAGAAGAUUCGAGAUUUGACUUGUAUUUUCUAUAUGCAUGAUUAAUGAUUGGACGUUUCGUAGCCACGCUUUCGUCAACGUUAUUAUAGGAAUGAGACGCAAAAAAAUAUCAGAUUCAAAGGAUUGUUAGAUUAAGAAUGUUUGGGAACCUCUCGACUAACAGGACCAACAAUACCAACGCGACGGAUACCGGCUCUCCCUCAGGGUUUACACGACGUGGAGGGUCGAAGGUCUGCGUCGACACUACGGCAGGAUAGUGGUGGUACGCGUCUUCGCCACCAACAUUCUGUUCUUCAGAACAGAAGCAAUUUUGAUCAUGACGCUUGUAAUCGCGCAAGAUUGAUCCGCUCGGAAACGUCGGCAUUAUAUAAAGACACGCCGGAUUAGCGACCGGGAUAGCAAAGUCCGUUUCGUUCGCGUAGAUUCCAUUGUUCAGGUAAUCAGGGUAGUCGUGUCUCGUAUAAUCGUCUAACCCUUAACAGCCUGAAUCUUUCCCAGACAUCGAUUAGCUCGUAUCGGGCGGUCAUUUAGUUUGAAACUAACUUUGAGUUAGUAAUAUUCAUUAUUACUUAGCUACAUAGCUGCAUAUGUAGUAUAAAUCGUGCUCUUUUUAAAAAAAGGAGUUAAAAUGUUAAAAAUUAUUUAUAAAGAUCUAAUAUCUUUUGAGUUACUAUAAUUACGUAGCUUAAUCAGUCACCGAUCGAAUGUUUAUGCUACUGCAAUCUUACUACGUUAUCAUAUCUCGUGAAAUCUCACACAAAUAACACUCGUAAUUUUUCGUGCAAUAAGUCACUCUAUCGCUCAUCGCUGUUAAAUAUUUUUUUAUAAUGUAUUUCGUUUUUUCUUAUAAAACCUGCAUUUGUUAUAUAUCAAUUCAGGUUGCAUGAAAUGUAUAAAUCAAGAUUUGCAUCAUUUUAUCGACCGUGUUGUAUCUAAUACGAUCAUUUUAGGCUUUUAAGGGUUAAACGUAGUCAUUAAAAAAAUCGAAAGAUGAUCCCUUCCUUGCUCGAAAUUCCCGAUCGCUUCUCAUGCGAACGCCGUUCGCAGUUUCAACGAAGGACGCGUGCUGCAGUUCGCAUAAACGGCGCCGGCGUCCUUUUUUUUUGCGAUAUGCUGAAUUACGAUAGUGAUAUUAGAAUGUAUGUAGAGUCGAGUGAAAUUCACGUAAAUACCGUCUUUAUACCAUUUUAUAGUGACCGAAAAACUAGCCGCGAGAACCUGGCGAGGUCCACCUUUUACAAUAGGACAUUCAAACGGCUGUUCCUUUAAACAUUGUCAUAUAUCGUACAUAUUAACUUGUAACAUGUCUGACUGUAUUUCAAAUUUCCUCAAGUCAUUAAUGAGUGGACCCGCUCGACUCUCGGGGUUAGAUCUUCGGGUUUAAUUGCAAAGAUGGACCGGAUAUCUCCAUCGUCCUUCCCUGAUCGCGUUCCGCAGCGGAUCGCGAAGUUUCCUUAAUGAGAAAGAAAGAAAGAGAGAGAGCUUUUUUUAUACAUUAGAUUUCAGACGUUAUGCCAAGCAGAUUUGUGAGAAAAGAUAUAUAUAUAUAUAUAUCUAUAUAUUGUCUGUGAUUUUUUUCGGAUUGUCUGUGAGCGGAGGGAGAAAAGUUAUCGCGUUUGUCGUUUCCGAUCGCUUUUGUCCCUAAUUUCUCAUCUUCGUCUUUCUUUCCUUCCUUUUCUAUACCCCUUCCUUUCUCAAAUGUCCGUGAGCUUUCUUUUUGGCCAAAACUUCACAAUAUACGUCCUCGCGAUCAACGCGUCGAGUCGAUCUUUCUCGCUGUCGGGGGUCCGUCUUAGCUCUGAACAGUCUCAAAAAUAGCGGCGAUGAGAGGAAAGAUCAGAACGCAACAAGAAUUGAGAAUGCGAAGUAAGAGAUAAAAUUGCCAGUAUGCGAAAAAAAUCGUGCGAAAGAAAGAUUAAUUGAUGAAUCACAACGGAAUGAUGCUAGUCCUUACCCUGAAAUGUGAACAAUGUUUUUUUACGAUUCUAAUAAGAAUCGGACAGAGGAAACGUUUACAUCUAUUUGUCGUUCUGUUGUGUAUCAAUAGAAUAUUUAUCUAUCGUCUUAUCUAUUCUCUUACGCUGUUUCUUCCUUUAAUUUUAAUCGCUUUUUUUGUUACGUUCUGAUUUGAACCACCGAAACGAAAUAAAAAAGACGCACGGAUGCGUGCCUGAGAAAUCUCACAUUUACAGAGCGGUCGGUAAAUGGCGAGAGUGUAUCGGGAACGUUUCACGUUCAGCAAGAUCGGUGGUUCCUCAAGUUUCUCUCGCGCCACUGUAAUCGAACAAAGAGCUGAGAAACAUAAAUUCUCUCUGAGUAGAUAAAUAAGUAAAUUAAAAUCAUUGAAAAUCAAGCUAACCGAUUGUACAAUGAUUCGUUUUUCGAUUUUAUCUAUUCGCUACGUCUAAGUGGGAAGAUUUAGAUUAAAAAUGUUGUAGAUCGAGUUUGGAAAGAAAAUCUUGUUGAAAUUUUUCAUCAAAUAUAUGGAUAGAGUAUGUCGAAUAGAGGUUGAUUUUAUCACGCUUCUGGUGCUAAAUGUGGCCGUCCGAUUAUUCCAUUAUUCACGAAGCUCGGACGACCAUCUUUAACGCUAGAUGCAUCGCUAAAAAAAGAAUGCAAACGCAAAAUAUUCAGUUUUGAAACGCAAUUUGUAACCAAUUGUAGAUUACGCAGAGUAUAUGUACGCGAUGCUUUUCAUCUCUACGUGUUUAUCUCUUCCACAAUUGUAUGUGUAAUCUCUUAUGUAUCGCAAAAAGGUCCGAGCGAGAAAGAUUGGCGAGGCGUCUCCCUUUUCAUUCUGAAGAAAAGCGCAGAGCGGCGAAAGAAAAAAAAAAUGUCGCGUGGAAGAAGAACGUAGUCGGUGAACGAAAGGCUCUCGUUUGCUCAUUUCGAACGUUUUAGAAUUACGUAGGUUUAGGUAGUUUAAGAUUUUUUAUACAGAAAAGGAGGAGAGAGGAGCGGGAGAGGCAAGCGGCCUGGCUCGCUACCACGUGAUUGUCCAAUUGGUCGUCCGCCGUCGUACGUUUCGUUCCUCUCCGAUAUCCUCUCGCGUAUCUCGUCGUGCCGUUCUCCUCUUCGAGGCCUUGUUCGCUUUUUAUUAUUUUAUACAGUUUUGUAUUUUGCGCUCUCCGAAGAGCAGAACGGCGACGACGUGGGGGCCUCUUGUACCUCGGGAAACGGGUGUCCGCGAACGACGUUCAAUUUCUUGGGGUUUUAAGCGCUCUCAUGAUCGUCAGACUGUUAAUUUUUGCCGUAAGGCAAAUGCAAGUGCAUCAUUGAUCGAGUUUUUCGCAUGAUGGAGAAGUAGUGAGAACUUGUCGUGUUCUAUUGAGUUGCGGCAGUCCUCUUGCGAUUUUUCUUGUGGGAGUUAAUCUUCCGGCGCAAGAGAAAGUACGGAGGAAACGAAUCGACGACGACGGACAACUUUUUUAUAGUGUUAAGAACGGGUUAUACAAAUAUGACCGACGAGUACGACUUGCGAUAAAAUCUCCUGGUGUGAUGCAAUUACAUCUAUUAUAUUAUGUUAAUAUUAUAUUUGUUAUAUUAUAUUGAUAAUAAUUAUCAUUAAUAAUAAUAUAAUUAAACAAUUAGAGAUGUAAUAUAUUAUGUAUAUUAUAUCUAUAUAUUUUUACAUUAUUUUUAUGAAAAGUGAAUUUAUAGACAAAAAUCUUUCGAUUUUCUAAAUUUUACGCAGGCAAAAACGUAAAAUGUAAUCACACAUUUGAACGUAAAGGUCAAUGUUUUAUAUCCUCGAAUACUCAAAUUUAAUAUUUUUACGAAAAAUGAGUAUUUUACACGUCAGAAACUCUUAUAUAUAGCUACAAGAUACAAUUAGAAUUAUGAGGAAUUUUCAUUAAGUUAAUAAGAUAAUUUUUUUUAUCUUUUUGUUGCUUUAAGAGUUUUAAUUUGAAUUUCAAUAUAUCUCUAUUAGCGUCUUGUUAUAUUCUUUCCUUGAUUUAUAUUAAUAUAUUUGCGAGCGUAGAGCAAAAAUGUCGCGAUGCAGAAAGCAAAUUGCGAAUUGAUUGAAAAAAGAGAAUACGUUAUUUAUUAGUUUGUCUCGAAAUCUAUCUAUCGCGACUCGCACUCGUCGUUGCUUUCCCAGUGGGAAAGAGAUUACAUUUAUACAGGUGCGUGCGCGCACAGCAUGAAUUCACACAUACACGACACACUCAUGGAAUAGAUACACAAGAUAAAUAAACGAAGCUAUAUAAAUAAAUAUAUAUAUAUAUUAUAUAUAUAUAAAUAUUAUAUAGAUGCGAUAUGUUGUGCGUCGAGAAAUAUAUAUGGUGCAGAUAUGAGAGGAAGAGAGAGAGAGAGAAAGAGAGGAGAAAAGAGGAAAACGAAAAAAAUAUAUAUCGAGUAUAUAUCUAUAUAUAUUUUUACUUACUUUCAAAGCAAACCUUUAAUUGAUUAUUUAUAAUAUAUACGUGCGUACAUAUAUACAUACAUAUAUAUUAUGUAUACACAUACAUAUAUUAUAUUAACAUGAUGAAGCGUCGUGCUGUAUUAAUCGCGCGUCUCCGCGAGCUUCGUCGAUCGCGAGUUCCUUCGAGGGGGCUUUCGGGCGAGCGCGUCGAACAAGGCACACACACGUUGCGAUCCCGACGAAUCCCACGGGAUUCGAUGUGUCAAGUCGAGGCGGGUCGAAUCGCCGAGAGGAAGCGCAAGAUCGAACGAUCGAAGCAACUCGCGACACGACCGUCUUGAAAUUGCAGAUUGGCUUUUUAAUAUUUUUGAUAGAGAUGUCGAUUGCGCGCGUAAUAAUUUCUAUUCCUAAAUUGCGGACGGUCGAGCUGGAUGUAUCUUUUUUGUUUUAUUAAAUUGCGUGAAUUACGUGAAUUCCGCUUUAUAGAAAUAUAUUCGGAGCAGAGAAAUGCGUAAUAUUUUUUCAUCAAAUUUCAUGAAAUAUUUACCGUAUCUUAUUUUGGCGUGUGCGCGAGAAAGCUACGCCGAAAUUCAUUUUGUCUAAGUAUCAUUUUCUUUUGUCAUCCAAGAAUUUUCUUCACGCAGACUUGCCCAAAGCAAAAAUAUCGCGCAAUAUUUUGUUAUUAAGAAACUCUCGUUCCUUCAUUCAAUUUUUUUUCAUUCGACAUUUCUUUAUCACUUGUAGUCUUUUCGCGAAGAAAUCCUGCCGCCGUUCAUUUUCCAUAUGGUACCAAUUCACAACGAAGUUUUUUGACACAUUUAUCUAUCAGUGCUAAUUCACUAUUAACACUACCGUAAUUUAAUCAAAGCCCGUUUUAGAAGAUUACAUGUAGUGUCGAUGAAAAAUCUGAAAUCGCAUACUAGAAACUCUAAAAUAUAGAAGGCAAGUCUCUAUACCCAAGAUAAGAAUCUUGCAAACGAAAUUUCAAGAUGAUUUUUCCAUGUUUUGUUUCUUUUUAAUUAUAAGAAUCAUGUCACCGAAAAUUAAUAUUGAAAGCUUUUUAAGAUAAAUAAAAAAUUUUGUGCGUGUUUCUUUUUCAAAGUAUUUUACUUGAAUUAUAAAUAAUCCAGAUUUUUAAUCGAUACUAUUGAUAAAAUGAUAUUUCUUCGGACAGGACAACAGACAUGUCUCGAACGAGCUUUCGAAAGAUCUUGAGAACGAUCUCUCGAAUAUUUCGAGAGAAUAAAAACGACGUCGGAGAAGCGUCUUGAAAGAAUCUUGCCGUUGUUUCGUAUCAACAAAAAUCGCGUGUGCGUGCCUAUCGAUGAAUGACGAUUGGCGGAUCAUAAUCAUAAGCGUUGAUAAGCCGCUACUGAAACCGAUAAAAUUCCGAUAAGUUUCAUCUUCUCGCCUCCAUGGGCCUAUCUCUCGCAAUGGCUGUUGUUUCCGAAAAGAAAAAUAAUUCGACACUCUUAUUUAAUCUUUCAUUAAAAAUUUAUUCUCUAAUGUUGUAUUUCGCGUAUAAAUGUAAGAAAAUAUCACGUGCGGCUGUCCGGAAGCCGUGCUAAGUCAAUGUACAACGUCAACAAUCUGAAUUCGUCGAAACUAGGUAUUUCAAUCAAUUGCACUGUGAAAGAGACACUGCGAAGAAUAGGAAACUAAUUAAAUCGAGGGCAGGAGCAUGUGCGCUCCUUCCUCACACAUGGAACAUGUAUUUCAAUCGCAGGACAGGAGUGGGUCUAAUAUUUUCUUUCGACUUUUUUUUCUUGUGAAAGCCGGAUAUGGAGGCGGCGUCGUUCUAUGAUAUCCGAGCCGAUUGCUCUUUUGUACAAAGAACGAAAAGAAAAAAAAAGAGAAGAAGACGAGAGUGAGAGUGGCACUUCAGUGGCGUGAAUGUUUUCGGCAGGACCGGUCCGUGAAGAACGCUACGUCGAGGUAGCGAUCGAGCUGCGCGUCACCCCGUGAUGGCACGAUGCAAUAAUAGUUAGGUGCGCGAGGAUUGUCUUGGUUGAAUUUUCAAGCGGACGAAAAUUUCAACGGCGACGGAUUGAAUUUCGGGAGGGCCGCGGGGAGCCCUCCUUGACACUCAACAAGCGUUUCACCUGUUCAUACUUAACUAUUAUUGCACGUAUAUGUGCGACGUUGAUCGCGCGAUUCGUCGAGGGCCGUGACAUCGAAUCGAUCCGUGUCGCGUCAAUUUGAAGAAGUUAAUCGUCGGCGUUGCGUUCGAUUUGAGGAAAUUGCAACCAUUAUCGUCGAAGUGACGAUACUAAUACGUGCGUGAGCCUGGCCUUUUGGUAUGUACUCCCCCGCCCCCAUGCUCGGAGUCGAAUAAAUUAAAAAGGACGCGAUCGCGAGAGAAUCGCGAUUUAAUGAAGGAAGGGCUGGCCCUAAAUACGAGCGUGUGAGACCACGUGGAGGUGUACGUCUCGCCAACCAACCAACGCGCCUCCGCGUGUUGCAUUGUGAUCUCCGAGAAUUAAUAAAAGAUAAAAGAAGGAAGAGAAGGAAGAAGAGUGAAUGGAAAUAAACUUUGCCUUAGCUUUUGUACAAGCAAACGAAUAUGAGGGAUUGCUGAUAAUGAGAAGGGGAAAGUAGGCAGCCGGAUGGGCGCGAAACUUCACGAUAGGCUGACAUAAUUGAUUCUGACGAUAAAAACGGUGAUAAGAAUUGAUGAAUCUAAUGAGUUGUUGUAGUGCGUGUGAGUGGGAGGGAAUGAGAGAUAGCCUUGCAGCAAGAGAGAAAGAGAGAAAGAGAGAGAUAAAGAGAUAAUCAAAUUGUGUAUGAAUUGUGCGUAUUUACAUACAACGGCACGAUUAAUACGGUAAUAAAGUUCUCUCGCCAGCACCGUGACAAGAACAUUUUUUUUCAAAGGAUUGAUGCAAAGAUAAAAAUGAAAAGAAAAAAAAAUUACGAAGUUAACCGAUGCGAAUCCGCUGUAAAUCGAAUGUAAUCAUUGUAGAUCUAACGAUUGUAACCACAAAAUGAGCGCUAAUCGAACGAUUUGGUAUAAUGAAUUAAUUAUACACUCUCACCACACAAUUAGCGAUACACAAAUAACGUAAUGUAAUUAAUUGAUUAUAUAAAAUCGCUCUCAUCGACGAUACUCGCCGUCUCCUCAUAAUCAUCCGGUCGGAUGAUCUCGCGCUCUACCGAUCGAUCGUAACGUGCAAAUGGGAAACGGGCGUUUGCUGCAAGGCGAUAGUAAUCGAUCAUUAAUCAAUGAUGCGGAUGCCGGUGCGAAGGAGGAUCAUACCGGGUGCGAAAGUUGUAAGGGAGCACAGAGACGUGGGCGUAAAAGCAAAAGUUGUCGACAUAAUAUUACAUUAUUAACGAAUGUAUGCUGUCCCACUGUGAUAAAAACUUUUGUUUUUGCAUGUAAAAAUAUAUACUACUAUAUUAUAUUGCCAUAAGCGCGCGCGCGCGCGUGUGCAAGUGAGAGAGAGAGAAAAAAAAGUGAGAAUAAAAGAGAGCGAAAGAGUGAGAAAGAAUGUAUGUAUGUCACAUUAAAGUAGUACAUGCAUACGGACAAAUAUAUGUAUAUGCAUUGAUUCGCUCAUCACACGAGCCGAUCUGGGCAUCUAUGUAUUUGUAUGCGCGUACGUACACAUAUACACAUAUAUACGUACAUAUAACAUAUACAUAUACACACAUAUAUACAUACAUGAAUGUACAGAGACACAAGUAUAUUGUGAUCGAGCGUGCACACACGUAGACAUCCGCAUGCGAUUACGGAGAAUGCGAAACUUUUAUUAUUACGCACGCCAUAUAUUCAUACGCUGAUGAAGGACAAAUUAUUACCGUAAUUACCAUAAAUAUAAUAUCGAACACCGUAGGAUAUCGUUCGCCGAUCAGUGCAGCCGAGAGAUUUCGCUCAUUCUCGAUCAUCGCGGAAUUCGGCACACUCGGACAAUCCUUUUGUAUCUUUUAUCACACAUACCCUCCCCCUUCCCUAAAAUACAUACAUACAUACAUACACACAGAGACACACAAUACACACGUACAUCGAUCCGCGAAAGUUUUCCAAUUUUAGCUUCGUUAGUAAUAAUUGUCGUGACGCUGUUAUAUCUUUCGGAUCGGAAAUUUAUAAUUUCCGCAUGCUUAUUUUUCGCGGAAUUUACGAUCAAUCGGGUUUAAUCGAGGAGACCGAGCUGACAAUUCGUCCUCUCGUCCUAGCAAACGUCCAUUCUUGCGAUUACCUCGACUGUCAAUUUUCACAUUUUGUCCAAGAUCUCGUAGUUAGACGAUUCGUCCAGCCUCGCAUCAAGAUUUACGAUUAAGGGAGACAAAUAAAUCGUGUAGCGCGCUUUCUCGCGAAGCGAUCUUUUCUCAACGAAAGUUAGACGAGCAGCGCGAUUGUCAGCGCCGUCUCUUCGAUUACCACCGCGAGAUUAAUUUUAACGAAAAUCGUGGAUCAUUGUGUCGUGCCACGCAGAAAUGUGCGGAAGAACGUAAGUGAUGAGAAAUCUCUACGAUUGAAUUGUAUACACUCCUUCUUUACUUAUUUCACAUCCUUGAGAAGAAACUCAAGUUAUUUUCGGCAUUUCAAAAGAAGGAAGAAAUAAAAAUUGCACGUAUUACAAUUUUUUUUCUCUAGUUAUUUCGUGAAUUAGGAAAACAGAUCGAAUAAAAAUUUUUAAUACAUGAUUUGAAAAGAGAGCAAUCUCUGAUUGUGAAAAUCUGUUAUUCCUAUUAAAGGAAAUAGUGAAAUGAGUGAAGAAGAAGUGUGUAAUCGAGCGAAAUUUGAUUUGUGAAUUCGAGAUUUUGAAUAGAUUCUCGAUCGGAAUUGAAAGGAGCGCGCGAAGCUGAUAACUGGUGAGAUUGCCCUUUGGGCGCGUGAAGCUGAUGAUGUAAUGAACGUUUACUCGCUUCUUUGCGCAACGGUCAUCUUCAUACUGUAUCGUUUAUUUGCUAGAACUACCAUGUAAAAUCAUUUAUAUUUGCAUAUGAUUAAUAUGUUUUACUUAUAA